CUGUCGGUCAUUCAUUCAUUGCUAUACUUUGAGUGUGUGUAGUUCUGGCCAACUGAGUGUCUGGCAAUCCGCUUAAUAGGAUAAAACAAUAUUGUAAUAGUUUCAUCAUCAUCGUCGUUAUGCUUCUGCAGACAAACCUGUAACAUAAUAUAUUAUAUAUAUAUAUACACAUUCUGCCCAUUCGCACAUGCAGUAUAAAUACACUUAUGUACUUUGACUUAGCAGAAAAAUGUCUGUUUUACAAAAUCGUGGUUCUAACCUACUCAAGCACGCAAGAUUAUUCAAUAAUGUCAGUGUCGCACGGUUGAUGUCCGGCAAAGCGAAAACUUCGGCCGAAGUGAUCCUACGGGAAAAGAAAGUGUCGGCGUUUAACUACGACCCUCUGUCUGUUGUCAUAUCGCGAGGAGAAGGUAUUUACAUGUGGGACGUUGAGGGCAAGAAAUAUUUUGAUUUCUUGGGUGGUUUUGCCACGCUGAACCAGGGGCAUUGUCAUCCGAAAAUCCUCAAAGCCAUGACAGAUCAGCUGGCCACGCUCCAUCAUACUUCUAGGGCCAUCCAUCACGAUUGCCUGUACGAGCUCAACGAGUUCCUGACCAAAACGUUCGGUUACGAUAAGGUGCUCAACAUGAACACAGGCGUCGAGGGAGGAGAGACGUCCAUCAAGAUAGCCAGAAAAUGGGGAUACAGAGUGAAGAAAAUCCCAGAGAAUCAAGCGCAAGUUGUGUUCGCCCACGGUAACUUCUGGGGCAGGACAAUUGCUGCCAUAUCCGCGUCGACGGAUCCCAACAGUUUCAACGAGUUCGGACCUCACGUGCCCGGCUACCAGAUCGUGCCCUACGACGAUUUGGGCAAAUUAGAGCAAUUGCUGAGAAAUCCAAACGUGUGCGCUUUCAUGGUGGAACCCGUACAAGGAGAAGCCGGCGCUGUGGUGCCUAGUCCCGGAUAUCUUAAGGGAGUGCGAGAACUAUGUGAUAAAUACAACGUGCUGUGGAUCGACGACGAGGUGCAAGCUGGACUUGGCCGGACCGGAAAGCUCUUGGCCGUCGACUACGACGGUGUCAGGCCGGACGUGCUGAUCCUCGGCAAAGCUCUGUCCGGUGGAGUGUACCCUAUUUCCGCAGUGUUGGCCAACGACGAUAUCAUGGGAGUGUUGACGCCCGGCACUCACGGGUCAACGUACGGCGGUAACCCGUUGGCGUGCAAAAUCGCAUUGGCUGCUCUGGACGUGAUCCUCAACGACGGACUGAUCGACAACGCGUUCAAAAUGGGCGAGCUAUUCAGGUCCGAACUGACAGCGCGCUUGGACAAAAAGAAGUUGGUCCAAGUCAGAGGCAGAGGUCUGCUGAACGCCGUCGUACUCGACCCCAAAUAUAGCGCAGACUCCAGCGUCGUGAGUUUGGCUAUAAAAGAAAAUGGACUCGUCACCAAACCCAUCGGGACGAACAUGUUGAGAUUUUCGCCGCCACUGACCAUCACGGAAAGCGAAUUGCGCCAAGGUAUCGACAUCAUAGUGAACACUAUUAACGGACUAUCGAGCGAAUGAGCGCGUUAAUGAUUUUUUUACUCUGUUGUGUAAACGUUAUUAAUUAAUAAUAUAUGCAAUAUUAUUAUGAUCUAACGGAUCUAUAUAAUAUUACGCUAUAUAUUUCGUCACAUCUGAUUAUUAUUAUUGUUAUUAUUAAUAUAAAAUUGGCAAUCAAUUGUAUGUAAAUGAAAAAUGAACGUGAUGAUGUUGGGGUUUCCACCCCAAACAGCCAUCUGUAACAUUAUUUGGUGUUAAAUAUAAAAUAUAUAUCAUGAGUUGAACAGAAAA